AUGAAUAGUGAUAAUACCAAAAUAACAACAAACCAGUCCACUUACUCAAUUUUAAAUAAACUUGGUGAAGGUUCUUUUGGAGUAGUAUUUAAAUGUAAAAAUGAAUAAACAAAUGAAAUUGUGGCAAUCAAAAUAUAAAAAAGCAUAAAUAACAAUGAAUUAGAAAUGUUAAACAAAAUGAAAGGUUAAACCUUUAAAAAUUUAAUUAAAACUUACGAAUUAUACUAAGAAUAUGAUAUGUAUUAUAUAGUAAUGGAGUAUUGCAAAGAAUCUUUAUAUGAUAGAAUUUGUUAAAAAGGUAAAGUUAAACCAGAUGAUGUAAGGUUUAUAAUGAAAGCAAUAGGAAAUGGGAUAAAAGAAAUUCAUGAUUUAGGCUAUGCCCAUAGAGACAUUAAGCCUGAAAAUAUAUUGAUAUUUUAAAUAGAAGAUGCUAAUAAUAUUUAAGAAAUAUAUAAAAUUUGUGAUUUUGGUACAAUCAAAAAUAUUGAUCUCCUUAAAACUUAAACUGUUGGUACUGCUUAUUAUCAAGCUCCAGAAUAAUUAAAUUAUUCAAAUCACUACUCUUAAAAAGUUGAUAUAUGGGCUUUUGGAGCUGUGAUUUAUGAAUUAUUGACUUAAACUCCAUUAUUUAAUGGUAUUUCUAUUUUUAAUUUAGGAUUUACUGAGGAUGAAAUUAAAUAAAAGAUUCUGAACAUAACUUAGUCACAAAUUGACUAAACCAUUAAUAAUCAAGUAAAUUUAGAUAGGAAAUACAAAACUCUUCUCUUAAAUAUGCUUCAAAUAGAUCCAAAUAAACGACAUGAUAUUAACAAAUUUGUUGAAGAUAUGAGAGGAUAUUCACAAAAUGUCACCAGAAAUCAAAUUUAAAGAAUUAUUCUAUCUAAUCAAAAUUAAGUAAAUAAUUUUAUAUCUGAUCUUCCAAUCCCUAAUAACUACUCAAAAUUUAAAAAUCCAUAAAGGUCCACCUGCACUUAUAAUUUACCUAAACCAGCAAUACUUCAAAAAACAAAUGAAUAACAAUAAAAUUUAUAGUAAGUGCAAAAUUUCAAUAACCAAAUUCCAUUUGCAAGAUAAAGGGAAAUAAAUAAUUAAUCAACUAGUUCCAGAAAUAGUUAUAGUCUUAAUUCAAGAAAUAAUUAAUUCUAAGCCCAACCUGUAAAUAAUGUACAAGAAGUAAAAGGAAAAUCUUAAGAAAUCAAUUAAUUCGAAUUUAAUAAAAGUAUGGAAAUAUAAUAAAAUUAAAAUAUCUGUGUUCCAUAAUAAUUAUAUCCUCUCAAAUAACAAGUUCCUUCAGUUCCAAGAUAAUUCUCACCAUUUAUAAAUUUACAAUAAUCCUAAAACAAAUAAUCACCUUUUAAUUAGAAUUAAUUUCAAUAAUAAAAUUAGAAACUGUAAAAUAAUUAUUUUUUUGAAUAAAAAUCUCAAAAUUCUUAAUAAAAUCCUUAAUCUAAAUAAAUAUAAAUUCAAAAUGGGAAUAAUUAGUGUCAAAAUUAGAUAUAAAAAAUUAAACAAAAUGCAUUUUAAGGUAAAGCUCAAUAAUAAAACUAUUGUUUAAAUUAAAACUUUUAAAAAUAAACUUGA